AUGGACAUUACUGAAUUUAUAAAUAGCAAUGAGGCAAAUUCAAAACCUUUAAAUAAAAAUGAAAAGUUAUUAAAAUCAAUAUCUGAAUCUAUUGAACUAGUUAUUUGGAAUGAAUUGGAAAAUUGUAAAGCAUUUGGAGUUAUGGUUGAUGAAAGUACUGAUAUUUCCACAAAUUUACAUUUUAUUAUAUAUGUUAAGUAUUGCUAUGAGGGAAUUAUUAAAGUAUGCUAUCUUAAGCUUUUGGAAGUGGAAGAAUCAAAUGCUAUAACAUUCUAUAAUGCUAUAAUCAAUCUUUUUGAUAAAAAUGCAAGUGUAAUGAUGGGAAAAAAUACAGGUGUAGCUAUGAGAAUUGCACAAAUCAAUACUUUUCUUUAUAUUAUGCAUUGCAUUGCUCAUAGAUUAUCAUUGGCAUGUGGGAUGCUCAAAGACAAGUUGAAUCCUGUAAAAGCGUAG